AUGAACAAGGCACCUCCUUCGCCACCAGAGAGCGCAUCGGAAGCUACUGUCGAAGUAUAUGCACUACAAGCCGGCCACUUCACGCUGCCCGAACGAUUCUUCGUACACCCAGCCUCUGAAACAGCCCGAAGGACUGUUCCUUCGUUGUCCUUCCUGAUAGUCCACCAAGAUCCGGUAACGAGUGAAAAGACGCGGAUAGUAUUCGACCUGGGAUUGCGGAGGGACGUGAAACGCUAUUCGGAACCCAUCCAGAAACAUGUCGAGACCAGACAGCCCAUGGAGACCUUGCCGGAUGUCACUAAGAGUUUGGCUGCUGGCGGACUGAGCCCUGAUGACAUUGACUAUGUGAUGUACUCCCAUGUUCACUGGGACCACGUUGGAGAACCCCGCGACUUUGCCAAAAGUACCUUCGUUAUUGGGAAUGGAGCAAAAGCUCUACUACACGGUGCAGGGUCGCUACGGGGGAGCCACUCGUUUUUCGAGGCCGACUUACUGCCUUCCGACAGAACACUCGAAUUACCAAAUCCUUACGAAGAAGUUGACGAGGAAACAAAAAAGCCGCAAUCAGAAGGAAAAGGUCCAGAUUUCUUUCAGGAAUGGAAAUCGCAUGAAAACUUGCCGAGAGUGCUAGAUCUGUUUCAUGAUGGCAGUUUAUACAUUGUCGAUGCUCCAGGCCACCUGCCUGGGCAUAUCAACAUCCUUGCUAAGACGGGACCGAUGACCACAGUCUACUUGGCCGGAGACGCUUGUCAUGAUCGAAGAAUCAUGCGCAACGAGCGAAAGAUCGGAGAAUGGCUUGACGACCAUGGGCACAUUUGUUGCAUUCAUGCCGACAAGAAAUUGGCGGAGCAAACGAUUGAAAGAAUUCAAAAACUGGAGUCAGAUGGCGUGGAAGUUAUCUUUGCACACGACUUCGAAUGGGAAGAGGACGUGAAGAACCAGUCCCGCAUACAAGCGAGUCUGGCGCAAAAUAUUGAAGGCUUCCGGUCUGCCAUGCGCGGCUUUUUAUCUGUGUCGUUUUCUAGGGGCAGGACUUUUGCGUCCCUGAAGCUCUUGAGUUCUCAUAUAUAUCAUACUACCUACGCAGCCCGAAGUAGUGGCAGUAUCACAAUGUCGCCGUCGAAGGACGCCGCUGCGUUGAAAAAGGAGCUCGUCUCCCAAUUAGGUGAAGAAGCAUACGACGAAACAUGGGACAGCAUCGCCAAACUGAGUCCCGAGCUAUUCGACGCCAGCGUCAAACUCAUCGCUGUGCCCAAGAAGAAGAAACAUCUAUCCCCUAAGAUCCAACAACUCAUGUCGAUAGCAGUCGACGCGGCUUCAACCCACCUCUACGUACCCGGCAUCCAGCAACACAUCAAAGCAGCAUUGAAGGAGGGCGCGACUCCAGCCGAGAUCGUAGAAGUGAUCGAACUUACUGGCACUCUCGGCAUUCACGCUUGCAACAUUGGAGUGCCGUUGUUGGUGGAGGUCAUGAAAGAGGAGGGUAUCUACGAGAAACAUGCCUCAGCCGGCAAACCAUUUGACGAGCAGCGAGAGAAAUUGAAGACCGAGUUCACGAAGAACAGAGGAUACUGGCAUACAUUCUGGGAAGACUUCCUGGCACUGGACCCGGAGUUCUUCAAAGCAUACCUUGAUUUUUCGUCUGUGCCGUGGCUGAAGGAUGUCGAUGGAUCUGGCAAGGGCGGUGGUGUGCUCGAGCCAAAGAUCAAAGAAUUGGUUUACUGCGCCUUCGACGCCGCCGCAACACAUUUGUACGUGCCAGGCUUGAAACUACAUAUGAAGAAUGUUCUUGGUUACGGCGGCACUCCGGAAGAGAUCAUGGAGGUAUUGGAGAUUGCGACGCAAUUGAGUCUGCAUACUUCGAACGUGGCGGCACCAAUAUUGUUGAAGGAGUUGGGGCAGGCUUCUUGA